AGCAGAUGAAGGUAGAUUAAGCAAGACACUGAAGUUCCCCCCACUAGCCUACACUUCCCCCAGAAUACUAAACUGAAAGUUGGACAAUGGAUGUUUGGAAGGUACUGGUACUUUGGGGACUGCUGGAACAUUUGGUUUUGUGUUUAUGCCAGGGUCGACACACACUGCCAGUCUUGUGGAUUAUGCCAUUCACAGAUGAACUUGGGUGUGGCAAUAUCACAGAGACAACACUGCCAGCUGUCCACUUGGCCCAGCAACACCUGAGGAAGCAACCAGCUCCUUUAGGCAACUAUGAGCUAGAGUUUCAUUUUGCCAACUCGCAGGAUGAUGCAUCUCAGUGUAUCUACAAUACGAUCUGUUACAUUUGUGACAAUGCUAUUGGCUUGAAAGCUUUCUUUGAUGCCAUAUGCCAUGGUCCAAAAUACCUCAUGAUCUUUGGAGGGGUCUGUCCAUCUGUGACUUCCAUCAUUGCUGAGUCUCUUCAGGGCUGGAAUCUUGUGCAGCUGUCUUUUGCUGUGACAGCUCCUGCAUUUGAGGACAAAAGAAGGUAUCCAAACUUCUUCAGAAUUGUCCCAUCAGACAAUGCAAUUCAUCCAGCUGUGAUAAAAUUUGUCAAACACUAUAACUGGAAUCGGGUAGGAAUACUGACUCAGGAUGGCCAGGGAGUCUCUGAGGUCCAAAGAGAUUUAAUGAAGGUGCUGUUAAGGGCUAACAUUCAGAUAGCAGCUACACAAAACUUCAUCGGCGAUCCCUCUGUCAGCCUAAGAAUACUGAAGGAAAAUGAUGUGAGGAUCAUUAUUGGACUUUUCAAUGAAAGCACAGCAGCUAAAAUCUUCUGUUCUGCUUACCAUUUGAACAUGUUCAGCAGUAGGUAUCAGUGGGUUAUUCCAAGAUGGAACCAGAGGAACUGGUGGGUUAACAGAGGGACAGUGAAUUGUUCCUCUUUGAGUCUCAUGGAGGCCAUGGAGGGAUCUAUCAGUGUGGACUUUGAGCCCCUUAGUUCCAAAGAGACCAGGGGCAUUUCUGGAAAGACACCACAAGAGUAUCAGAAAGAAUAUGACCAGCUUUGCAUUCAGAAAGGUGUUAACUCCAGCAGGUUCCAUGGUUUUGCCUAUGAUGCCAUCUGGGUUGUCACAAAAGCACUAACACGAGUUAUGGAGGCUAUGAGACACAAUGAGAAGUACAGUCUGCACCACAACUAUACAGUCAGUGAUGAAGAGCUGUCUCAGAUGAUUAUUGAGGCCAUGAACGAAACCACAUUUUUGGGUGUCACUGGCCAAGUGAGGUUUAAAAAUGGAGAGAGAAUGGGAAUCAUCAGAUUUACCCAGCUUCAAGAUGGCAGUGAAAUACAAGUUGGUGAAUACAACACAAUUGAAGACAGACUGGAUCUUAGCAAAAACAUGCGGUUCACAGCAAAAGGCCCCCCAAGGGAUAUCACUAUGGUGCUGCAUCAGAGAGGACAGAUAAACAUUGUGGUCUAUAGCAUACUGUCAGCUAUUUCCAUAUUAGGCAUGCUUAUGGCCAGUUCUUUCCUGUUCUUCAACAUAAAACAUCGGCAUCAUCGGAUCAUACAAAUGUCCAGUCCAUUCAUAAACAAUAUAAUAAUCUUGGGUGGAAUGCUCUCUUACUCCUUCGUCAUCAUUUUUGGUCUAGAUGGGUCAUUAAUCUCAGAUGGAUCAUUUGAAAUCCUAUGCAAAAUUCGCUCAUGGAUUCUAAGCAUUGGGUUUACAAUGGCAUUUGGCGCCAUGUUUGCCAAAACAUGGAGAGUAUAUGCAAUCUUUAAAAAUGUGCAUCUUAAGAAAAAGGUCAUUAAAGAUCUACGGUUGCUUGUGGUGGUUGGUGGAAUGCUUCUGAUUGAUCUUUGCAUUUUAAUCUGCUGGCAUUUCACGGAUCCCUUAAGGAGGACAGUAGAAGAAUACAGGACAGAGGUUGAUGGGAAUGAUGUGGCUCUUUAUACACUCCUGGAGCGCUGUGAGAGUGCACACACAGCCACCUGGCUAGCCAUUCUGUUUGUUUACAAGGGUGUUCUCAUGGUCUUUUGCUGUUUCCUGUCCUGGGAGACCCGGCAUGUAAGCAUUCCAGUCCUGAAUGACAGCCAAUACAUUGGAUGGAGUGUAUACAAUGUGGCCGUUAUGUGUAUGAUUGGUGCAAUUGCCUCCGUCCUGACAAGAGAGCUGCCCAAUGUGCAGUUCUGUAUCAUCUCACUGGUCAUCAUCAUCUCCACCACUGGGACACUACUUCUGCUUUUCAUCCCAAAGUUUAAAUUAAGCCAGACAACGGUGAGGAAGGAUCAAUGGAGAUCUAGCUCCAUCUCCAGUGCUGGACAAAACAAGACAUUCUGGGUGGAGGACAAUCAGAAUUACAAUGAGCUGCUCAGGAGACGUGUUGCAGAGCUUGAUAGUGAGCUUGUGGAGAUCAACAUGCAAUUAGAUGGCAUACCAGUUUCUCACAACUUUCCGGAACCCUGCUCAGAAUAUGUUGUCAUCACCCAUGCAGAUAUAUCAGAAAAAUGCUGUACCCUUCCUGAAGAUUCCAGGACAGAUGAUGAUCUGCUGAGAGACAUUAACUCACCAGAACGCAUCCAGCGGAGGCUAUCUGUGCAGCUGCCCAUCCUUCACCAUGCUUACCUCCCGUCUAUUGGAGGAGUGAAUGCCAGCCUUGCCAGUCCUAGUACACCACUGGACAGUCCUGCACCCAGUCCCUAACACAGAUCAGAAGCAUCGAUCAUUACGGGCAGCUUUGAUGCACCACCACUUCAAUGAUCAACCCCCCCACCCCACCCCACACACACACACAC